AUGUCAUUUGAAAUCUAUCAGGAAAAGCUUGGGUGGGCGAAGGCAAAUAUGGCACCCUCAGUGUCCGAUGGCGACGUCACGGAACUCGUCGAGGGUCCUGUCGUCCCCGAGAACAUAAUAACCCAAGAAGCUACCACGCCAUCUCCACCUCCAAUUCGCCAGAAAGGAUUUAAGGAUGUAACCGUCAUAUCAUCCCAGACAAUGUUUGGCGAGAACGAAGAGAUAAUCCCGACAGCUCAGUACGCCACACAACCAAAGAAACGCAAUGAAGAAGCCCAGAAGCGCAAGCACAGCCGAUGGGCUUUGCUCCUCCGGCGAGUCGUGCAGAGGCGACAGGAUCGCGACUACUAUUUGCGAACAGAGCUCUGUGUCCAGUCCAAGAGCCUGUGCAAUUCGCUGAGGGAACUUAUUCCUUAUACCUACGACAGCAUCGACAUCUCGACCCAUCCAAUGGUUCUACCGGCGCCGUUCUACGAGCUGUUCUUCAAGAAAGAUGAGAUUGAACAAUUUUGCCAGGACGAAAACAAGGCCAAGCCUCUCCGCGACGAAAUGAAGCUGGUGCGCGAUUACAUCCGGAACGACAGACUAACGCUCAGCCAACUCGACAAACACUCCUCCCUUUUGAGCCAGGGAAAAGUCUCCUUCGAAGCAGCAUGGACAAUCUUUCCCCCCAACGAGCUGCUCCUAUAUGUCGAUGGGGAUGAACUAGAGUGUUGGCUGUGCCGAGAUAUUGCGAAAUCCGCACAACUUCCUUUAACCUGGGUGGUACACGGAGUCCGCGUCGAUUUCGACGGCAACCGCCUAGGCAUGACGAAAAAGAGUUGCGUGGUUUCUUUCGCUCAACGCGUAGAUGGGGCAAUGAACAUCUCGCAACUGCCACUCAUCCCCGUCAAAUACUUGCCAAAGGGGGAAUGGGCAAGUAAGAGAAGCGCGCUCAUCGCCAGGGGUGAGAAGUUUCGCGAACUACUUGGACCGGAGCUCGAUAGCCAUGCCUACCAGUAUUACGAGGGUCCUAUUGUUGGCAAGAAUAUUCGUCUUGACUCGAAGAUCGCCCAACCUGUCGUUGUCGAUUAUCCAAUGUACCUGAGAACCAAAGAACCCGAUGCCAUUCAAUUGCUAGACGAUGGAACUCGGCCUUCUAAAGGUUCGGAUUCCGACUCCCAUGCCGACUCUGACUCUGGUUCCGACGUCCAAUCUGAUCCGGAGGGUGUCGAAAUCUUGGACAAUGGUGAAGCCGAAAUUGGGUCAGAUGGAAGUCAGCCCAAGCAAGCGUUUGAGAAACUGACGACUUCUCAUCAAAAGAAAUACGGCAUCGCCAAUAUGGAGGACGUUCUUCUUCUCUGUCCACCGCGCAUACCUGCAUACUGCCUCAAGCUCAAGGCAUGGGCCUGGGUGGUUGUCGAUAGGUUGCAGCCUGUCGAGAAGAGCGACAAGGCAUUCAACUCUCUCAAGAUCGAUAGGAAUACUAAAAGUCUCGUCCGCUCUCUUAUUACGGGUCACGGAAAUAGCGAGGCCGACGUAUUCGACGACAUCAUUGACGGAAAGGGCAAAGGUCUUGUCUUGCUACUGCACGGCAACCCUGGGAUUGGAAAAACUUUGACUGCGGAGAGCAUAGCAAAGCUUCAAGGCCUGCCGCUGUACAAUCUUUCCGGUGGCGAGCUAAGUGUGUCGGUGUCUCGUAUUGAAGAGAGGCUUAAGGAGGUAUUCGAACUCAGCACUCGAUGGGGCGCAGUCAUUCUCCUAGACGAGGCCGAUGUGGUCAUGUCAAAGCGAAGCUCCAACGAACUGGAAAGAAAUGCGAUUGUUGCAGUCUGGCUGAGGAUGCUCGAAUACUUCGAGGGAAUCCUAUUCCUCACGACGAAUCGGAAAGACCAAUUCGACGACGCCUUCAUGAGCCGAAUCAAUGUCAAGAUCCGACUUCCCGAUCUAGAUCAGGAGGCGCGGACACAUAUCUGGAGGGCCAUGGUCGAACAUAACAAGGCAGCGGUGAAUAGUGAAUCAUGGUCUGACACGGCUUUCGAGGCGCUGGGGAAACUUUCAGUCAACGGUCGCGUUAUCAAGAAUAUCCUUCGGACGGCCGCGCUUCAUGCUCGGUCAAGUGGCGAAUUACUCGAGCCGAAGCACGUUCAGGCCAUUGUCCUCGUAGAGUUGAUGGAAGACAAGAUGAUUAACGAGGUUACGAAAGCUUUGGAUGAGUUGACCACCGAGUGA